AUGCACUCAUGCCGACACGAACCUCCUCCAACGCCAUUGAUGGACCUAGUCUCCAAGGCUGUUGAACGCUUCGUCGAAAUGGAAGCCCCACAAUGUGCACUCAUGCCAACUUGGACCUCGAAGAAAACUGCAGCUUACGCCCAUUUCAUGUACUCUAUACUGAUUCCUAAGCCUACUCUCAACACGGCAGCAACCACAUUUCCAACCAGUCCCAUCGCCCGGGGACCUGGAGCCAUGACUCCGUACGACCAACAUCUACCAGCCCAACGCAACGCGGCUCUUGACCUCGUGGCAAUUCCACUCCACAUGGCCCGGCGGCUGCGCAGGUGUACUACGAUGUCCCGUCUGCAAGUGGCGUAG